GUCACGUCAUUACCUUGGCGACCGCCGCCGCGAGAGCACCACCUGGUACAGGUCGCCCGGCUCACGUGCGCCCGCGACCUGACCGAACGCCCGCCCCCGCGUCCGACCUUGACCUCGCCCUGACCUAUCCUGGCCGGCGACGACCCCUGCCCGGGACUACUGACUGCGUGACCUGCCAAGAUGCGCUCCGGGGGCGUGAGUAGGCCCCCGGCGGUCAGCGAGGAAGAGUACUGGGGCCAGCCGAGCAACUGGCAGGACUCGGAGGACGUCGAGGUCGAGCUGCUGGACAACUCGGAAGACAUGAAGCAGCCAAGUGGCAACCAGAGUUCAGAGGAAUCGAGUAGCGACGGCGAGAGCUGCGGCCGCGGCAAGAGGAAGCGAACAGCGCGUCGAUUGAGUCCGUCGUACCAGCCAACGCCGAUGCUGAGCGCACAGGCAGCGCAAAAGAAGGGCAAACGCAGGGUCUCGGCCAGAGAACGCAACCUCAGGCGGCUCGAGAGCAAUGAGCGCGAGCGAAUGCGCAUGCACAGCCUCAACGACGCGUUCGAGCAACUGCGUCAGGUGAUUCCACACGUAAAAAUGGAGCGCAAACUGUCAAAAAUCGAGACGUUGACGCUGGCCAAGAACUACAUCAUGGCCCUGACGAAUGUCAUCUGCGACAUGCGUGGAGAGGAGAAACCUUACACCUUUGUCGACGGUGAGUCCUCGGGAGAAAACAACAACGACGAGGACAUCGAAGUUGAAAAUCUGGAGGAAAAUAACAACUCAAGCUGCCAACGAGACUUGGAAACCCGUGACUGACUCCUGUGAAAAAAUUACAACGAUUAAAAUGCACCUGGACGCACAAAACUGGUUGGAAUUUCACGAAUAAUGGGGAAAAACAGACGAUCUUUUUUCGGAAAGUGUUGUUUCAUUACGUGAAUUAGUGAACAAAGUGAUACUACGUUGUAAUUACAGGUGUAAGUUGUCCAUUUCAAACUCUCACGAGCGAGCACAAACACGGAGUAAUUAAUUGUAACUUUGAGAGCAACUGUUGCGUUAUAAAAUAAAUAUAUUCUAUUCACUGUUGAACGUUUUCAAAAGUCUACAAAAACAAACUCGUUGACGCUCAAAGACGGGAACAAAAUUUUGUGAUCUAUUCCAGCAGAGAAAAUAAAUGUGUAUUUUUAACAGAGAUUGUCCAAAUUUAAAAUUAAGUACGAUUAAGUUUGAGGAAAUUAUUUCACGUCUCAUCACUUGAAGCUGUUUUUAAAAAUAUACUGUUUGCGAACGCAUCGUCAGUUAUGUAUUUAACCUUAGUAGAUCCUAUUGUGGAUUGAAUCUGAUCGCUCUAAACAAAUGCCAUAAAGUAAACGAGUUGCUGCCCGAACGCACCAGCUGCUUCGGCCCGAUGCUUUACGUCUUGUAAUUUAGGGAAAUGCGCGCGGCGCCGUACCACGCGCGCUCACGGUCAACUCAAUUUGGUGUCCACCCUUGGCAGGGUUUUAAAAAUCUUGCUGGACACGACAAUAAAGACCUGAGCUACCAACAAUGA